CAGAUUUGAAAAAACACACGUUUUCCCAUAAUGCACUGCCUCCGUUUUAUUCCCAUCAUCCCCUUCUGCGAGCCCUCUGCACCAGUCAAGAUGGCGGACAGACCAGUUCCCGUAGCUGAGAAGAGGCUGAUGGAUGUGAAACUGGGUGAGAUGGGACGGUGGCUUGGAGGUCGAGACUUCACUCCUAAUGGCAUCCUCUCAGCCCUCCGCAGGGGCCAUGACCGAUACUACACCAAAUACAUUGAUGUGAGGAAGGGAGGCAUCGGUGGCAUAGCUAUGCUGCUGGCUGGCUAUGUGGCCAUCAGCUAUCUGUGGGAAUACGACCACCUCAAGCAUGAUCGCUGGAGGAAGUACCACUGAGGCCCUUCAGCAGCCAUCAGACCUUCAGGGGUUGAACUUGAAUCUCUUUGUUCCUCCUGCUCUUUCUACUGUCAGCUCUCUGUUGUGUUGAAUGUGACUGUUGUGACCAAUAAACAAUAUAAACAUUUA